AUGGAGGACUCGGACUCGGCCGCCAAGCAACUGGGUUUGGCCGAGGCGGCGGCGGUCGCUGCCGCUGCUGCAGUUGCUGCAGCAGCGGCAGCUGCCGCGGCUGCGGAGGAGUCAGAGCAGCAGCCGCAGCAGCAGCACCAUCAUCACCACCACCAUCACCACCGAGAGGCUCCUGGCUCGGAGGCGGAGCCGGAAGAGGAGGUGACGGCCGUGACGGUCAUGGCGGCGGAUGCCGAACACAUCGAGAUGGGCGCCGAGUCCUUGCCGAGCGCCGACGAGGCCGCGGCUGCCGCUGCCGCCGCCUUCGCAGAAGUGACCACAGUAACUGUCGCUAACGUGGGCGCCUCUGCAGACAACGUAUUCACUACUUCUGUAGCAAAUGCAGCAUCCAUCUCAGGACAUGUGCUGUCUGGAAGAACAGCUCUUCAAAUUGGGGACAGCUUGAAUGCUGAGAAAGCCACUCUGAUUGUGGUUCAUACGGAUGGCAGCAUUGUAGAAACGGCAGGGCUCAAGGGGGCAUCGGCACCUCUUACUCCAGGGCCUCAGUCCCCUCCCACGCCUUUAACAUCUGGACAAGACAAAGGGGGAACAAAAUAUAAUUGGGACCCUUCAGUGUACGACAAUGAGCUGCCUGUGCGAUGCCGCAAUAUCAGUGGGAUCCUGUACAAAAACCGACUUGGCUCAGGUGGUCGAGGACGUUGCAUUAAGCAAGGGGACAACUGGUACAGCCCCACUGAAUUUGAAGCCAUGGCCGGAAGAGCCAGCAGCAAGGACUGGAAAAGAAGCAUCCGUUAUGCCGGAAGGCCGAUACAGUGCCUUAUUCAUGAUGGGAUAUUAAAUCCUCACGCUGCUUCGUGCACUUGUGCUGCUUGUUGCGAUGACAUGAGUCUGAGUGGCCCUGUGAGACUGUUUGUCCCUUAUAAAAGACGGAAAAAAGAAAAUGAAUUGCCUACAACUCCAGUGAAGAAGGAUUCCCCCAAAAAUAUCACCUUGCUUCCGGGAACUGCUGCUACUACUUUCACUGUGACUCCUUCUGGGCAGAUCACUACCUCUGGCACUCUGACCUUUGACCGUACUUCGACUGUGGAGGCCACAGCUAUUAUCUCAGAAAGUCCAUCCCAGGGUGACGUUUUUACUGGUACCACUGUACAAGACACAAGCGUUCAGCAGCCUUGCCGGGUCAGUCAUCCAGAGCCCCACUACCCAAGUUUUCAAGACAAUUGUCAGAUCUCAGCUUUCCCGGAGGCAGCACUGCCAACGUCCCAUCGCAAAAUUGUAUUGACCUCCCUUCCUGCCCUGGCUGUGCCACCCGCUACCCCCAUCAAAACAAUAUCCUCUUCAGUGUUGAAUGGACUCGAAGUGACGGAGCAACGGAGCUGGAUUUACCUUGAGGAGAUGGUCAAUUCGCUGCUCAGCACAGCUCAGCAGUUGAAGACGCUGAUCGAACAAGCUAAGCAGGCCAGCACUUCCUACAGAGAAGCCUCUGUCACCCAGGCCAAAAUUCAAGCUGAUGUGGAGAGGAAAGAGAUAGAAAAAAAUCCAGGGGGAGGAUUUGCUCCUACUUCUCUCGGUCCAUUCGCGAGUCUACAGGCUCUGGUACAUGUGAACCAGAUAAAACAGUAUCAGAACCAGUUGUUUCAGCAAACAGAAGAUGUAGAUGGAAAGACGGAAAUUAUCAUUAAGCAAUCCUGCGUAAACUGUGGUCGUGAGGCAAUGAACGAGUGCACUGGCUGCCAUAAAGUCAAUUACUGCUCAACUUUCUGUCAACGGAAGGAUUGGAAAGACCACCAGCAUAUGUGCGGCCAGUCAGCCUCAGUUACUGUUCAGGCAGAAGAGGUUCAUGUUGCAGACGAUGUGAUAGAGAAAGUUGUUGUCUGAAAAGCCCUACCUCUUCCAUUGACGUGGAUACGUGUUUGUGUGGCAGACUGGCUGGACCAGUCAUCCUGCUCUGAAUUCAUAGUGAUAACAGGAAAAUUAACUCAUCAAAAAGAUCAAGUUGUGCUGUAAUUUGCACGUUGCUGGCCAACUGAUGACCCUUUUCUAACAAUGCAGAAACUGAAAAUAUAUGGACAUGAGAACACCAAGGGACUCCACGUGUUUCAGGGGAACUCGGGAAUUUGCAUGAGCUUUACAGGGCUCUCUACGAAACCUCUGCAAAGCUGAUGGGUGGUUUAAAUUGCUCUGUCUCAGAGCUCUGAUGAAUGGUGGUGGUUCUUUGAAGUGACUUACAAACGUUUUUUUUGAAGAGUUUUAUGAGGCCAGCGUCCUUUUGCAAUUCUUACAAAGUCAUUUCAGUAUAAAUUGUGUCUCUGUUGUUCUGUCCCAUACUGACCUACCUCUCAUUCAAAAAAGAAAAAGGAACAGCCCGGCCCUUCCGUGAGCGUAGUUCAUUCAGACUUCUUUUAAAGACUGCCGAUAUUAUAUCUGGACUUUGAUUCCAUUGCUGAGUUUAGUUUUGUUGUUGUGUUGUUUGAGGGUCUCUCCCCCCCACCCCACCCCCAAACACACCUUUUGCAGGACAAAUUUCUCUUAAUAUAUUGGAAAUCCUGUAUGGUAUGUGUCAUGUGUAUGCUGAGCAAAGUAUGAUGCAGUCACGAAGCUUCUUGUAUCAUUCCCUCAGAGUGCAAUACAAAUCUGGAGGUUUUGGAUAUAAGCAAUGGUUGAUUUACAAUAUGAACAAAACUUGGAGAUUAUAGUGAGCUUGACCUAGAGCUA